UCAUUUCACGUUCGUAUUUUUUCUUGCUGUUUUCUUUUGAGAAUUUUCGACCAUUGGACAAAAAUGUGUGUUUACUAUUAACAUUAAUACUUUGUAUAGUAAAUCGUUAGUAACACUAUCUAAUCCAUCACAGAUUAUUUCAUAAAAUGGCCAGCAAAACAAGUGAACUCAAAGUGUAUUGGAACAAAAUAAACUAUGCGUUUCCUAUUUUAAAUGAUACCAUAUUUAGUGACUGUUCAUGCUCUGAAUACGAUGAAAUUCAACAGAUGAUAGUUGGCUUGGGGAUCCAGGUAAAAAUCCGGGACCUUACUUUGGUUCAUAUCGAGAAAUACCUUCGGCAACAUGUCGCACCGGCAUUUUGGUCUAAAUUCGUCAAAGUUGACGAAGAAAUUAAAGGUUUUCAACUUUUCAAGUCUGCCGUUAACGAUCUAUACGAAUCUGUCUGCAAUUUCUCUGAAAUGCUACGAAGACUUUCCAUUCUGAAUAACAGCUGUUGUGAUAAUAAGCCUAUAUUUGGCGAAAAGGACGUUAUCAUGGGUUUCAAGCAACUUAUUCGGGCGACCUUGCUGUCGCAACUUCCAUUGGACUAUCAUGUAAUAAUAAACCAUUUUUAUAAGAUGUCAUUCAAUGUUUUUGAUAAUGAAUACGAGAACUCUGAUAUGAGUGAGGAUGUAAUGUGCAUGGGGUGUUGGAAUGAAUACUCAGAAUGCAACUGUGCAUAUAUUGUAAAAGUUUUCCAUGAUACAAACAGAAAACUAAUGGAUUUACAAUUACUGGAAAGAUUGACUGGCCAAGUACUUUCUAAUUUUAUCCAACUCCGAAUUGAAUCACACAUACAAAAAUUAUGUGAUGGUACCUUUGAUGUAUCACACAUUGGAUUUUUAGAAAAUUGGCUUGAUACCACAGUUAUGUCCUGGCUCACAAGAAUAUAUUGUGGCGGUUCAUCAAAGCCCCCUCCAGAUGAUAAAAAUAUUCAAAAUGCUAUUUCCCAAUUUAAAAAGAAGUUAAGCUACUACUUGUACCACUGCUACACUAAACUAAGAAUUGAACAACUGUUCAACAUAAUAAUAGAAUAUCCAGAUUCUCAACCAGCAGUUGAUGAUAUUAAAUUAUGCCUAGAGAAGACAGAUUUGCGGUCCAAGUUAUGCAAAAGAUUGCAGUCAGCUCUAGAAACAAGAUUACUGCACCCUGGAGUGAAUACAACAGACAUAUUGACAGCUUAUAUCUCAACUAUUAGAGCUUUGAGACAUCUUGAUCCUUCAGGUGUAAUACUGGAAACUGUAACAAAGCCUGUCCGUAGUUAUUUAAGAAACAGAGAGGAUACAGUACGUAGUGUAGUCAGUAGUCUUACAGAAGAUGGAGCAGGCAGUGAAUUAGCCGAGGAAUUAGCAAAAUUUGCUGCAGAGGCUGAUGGUGAAAAUGACAAGGAUGAUGCUUGGGAUGAAUGGAACCCAGAUCCAGUUGAUGCUGAUCCAAAAGUUAAUUCUAAUGAUAGAAAAGCCAAUGAUAUCAUAUCAAUGCUUGUUAAUGUCUAUGGUAGUAAGGAACUAUUUGUCAAUGAAUAUAGAACCCUGUUAGCAGAUAGGCUGUUAGCACAGAGUGUGAUCAACACAGAUAAAGAAAUAAGAUAUUUAGAAUUAUUAAAAGUGAGAUUUGGAGAAUCACAACUACAUUUCUGUGAAGUCAUGUUGAAGGAUAUAUCAGAUUCUAAGAGAAUAAAUGCUUUGGUGCAUCAGGACAAGAAUUUUGAAGCAUCAAGUAAAAACUUUACUUCAAAUGCCAUGAUUUUAUCAGCUCAAUUUUGGCCCCCAUUCAAAGAUGAAAGUUUAGAAUUGCCUGAAGAAAUAAAAACCCACUUGGAAGCAUAUACAAAAUCAUAUGAAGCUUUAAAAGGGAAUAGAACACUGAGUUGGAAACCACAUCUGGGUUAUGUAGACAUUGAAGUAGAAAUAGGUACAAAAAAAUUAGAAUUAGUGGUUUCUCCAUUUAAUGCUACACUGAUUUUGCAUUUCCAAAAUAAAUCGGAAUGGACUUUGGAUGAGCUUCAUCAAGUAAUGAAGGUACCAGUAACUGUUCUCAGGAGAAAAAUUACGUACUGGCAAUCAAUGGGUGUUAUUGCUGAAAAAAGCCCUGACACAUUUGUUUUGGUUGAUGGUUCUGAUGAAACCAAGUCCAAUGUGGCCAAUAACCAAGUGCAAGAAAUGAUCUGUGAAGAUGAUGAAACUGAAAGUGUAAUGGCUUCUGCACAUGAUCAAAGGGAAGGAGAGUUACAAGUUUUCUGGUCAUACAUAGUGGGCAUGCUCACAAAUUUAGAUUCAUUGCCUUUAGAUCGCAUUCAUCAAAUGUUAAAAAUGUUUGCAUCUCAAGCUCCUGGCACUGAGUGCAGUUUACAAGAGCUCAGACAAUUUUUGGACACAAAAGUGCGUACUCACCAGCUUGUAUUGCAGGGUGGUAUGUACAAAUUACCAAAGACUUAAAUCUCUGUUACAAUUAUUUUAAAAUAAUG